AUGAUAGCACCAGGGACACAAAGUACAACUCGACUCAUCAGCGCUAAAACCAAAACAGUUCUCCGGACGCUGAGGACACAAGUUGGCUACCCCCAACCGAAGUUGGAUGAAAAUGGCAACUGUAAAGCAAGUGUGGAAUAUAGUAAAGCAGCGCCGUUUGAGGACAUACCGGGACCCAAAGGGCUCCCACUGCUCGGGGUAACGCUGGAUUAUAUCAGAGGAAAUUAUGAAUACUUGAAAAUGCGAGAAGUGUUGAAGUCUUUCCGCGCGGAUUACGGCCCCGUUGUCAAAGAAACGGUCGCAGGCGACACAUACGUCCAUCUUUUUGACCCAGACGACAUCGGCAAUGUUCUCGGCCACGUGCAGGCCCAGACGGAUGUUUUCCCUUUAUUUCCGCCAUUGAAGUUUUACCGGAAGUGGAGAGGAAUAGGCGCUGGUCUUGGAAACGUGUAA